UCAUUGCAUAUUUCAGACAACAUAUAACAAUUUCAACUACAAUUUAAUUGUUACACAAUCAGGUUUUCAGGCAGAUGUAGCAACAUAUAAUAUCAUUAGGGGGCACACCUGCUUGAUAUUGGGCAAAGAACAAUAUGCUCUAUAGUGGGGUAUGUAUUGGCCCUUGCUCCUCUACCUGGGGUGAUCUUCAGGCUUCAUAUGCCUUUGUAGCAUAUUCUCGAUUCUGGAUCAACCUUUAUGUUUUUCAGGAAAUGGAAAUUGGUAUUGUUGAUCCAACAAUUCUUGCUAUACCUAUGAGUUUUCAAGAAGACUUAUUAGGAUAUGUUGAUUACAAUCCUACAGACAUGGAUAGUGACUCACAGAAGGGGGUUUGGCCAUGCUGCUUACAGACAAUUUGCACUUUUGGAAUUCAGGAAAUUGUGCCAAGGAAAUCAGGUCAUCAUACCCAGCUGUGUUACAUGGAGGAUAACAGACCAAUGUCAUGACCUAUUUGGAACUUAUGUAAGCUUCAAAAUUACAGAUAUUAGCAUUCCAGGCGAACAGGAUAAGUCAUAAGACUGAAUUUUGAACAGUGUAGCUAAAUUUUGGGGUAUAAAUUAUGCUUUUCAAUAUAUUUUAUGUGUACUUUACCAUGGUUUUAAACAGGUUUUGUAAUAUUUUUGUAUUAAUACACAGGGUGGCCCCAAAACAUGCUACCCUCUAAUUCAAAUUUAAUUGUUGUGCCUAUGUUUCCAUGACCAAAACAUCAACAGUCGGGUACUUGGCUUGGUUGUUUGUAUCGAAAUAAUUCAAAAAGAGUGGGCCUGGUUGUUGAACUGUCUUAAAC